AUGCAGGUCGACAACAACUUGGAUUUACAAGAACGCGUGUCGUACAUCCACUCGGACACGACCAAAGACGUUGACGGGUACGCCGAGGCGAAAACCCCCAAGGACCUGGACGACACCCUUGAAAACGGGGGGGCGCUGGCCGAAGGGGGGGCGCUGGACUUGUUCUCCCGCGAAGCGUUUGCCCUGUUCAUGCAGUACGGCGCCAUCGGG